AUGUCGGCACGACUACUCACACGAACACGGACCUUCAUGCCGCGUCAUGCCCUCGGCGCCGGCAUCAUUGGCCUCUCCCUUGGAACGAGUAUGGCGACGUUCAGACAGCCAAAGUUGAGAAUGGACGCGAGAGAUACCCCACGACCAAUGAGCAGUCGUCCUACGAAAGAGAGAUUAGAUCCCGACCUCUUGAAACAGCUUUCUGGUGGGAGCAUUACAGGGUUUAUUUCAGGACUCCUUAUCAGUGCUUUCUCGCGGACGUUGGUGUUACUUGUAGGUCUCGCCGCGGUGGUCGUUCAGGUGGCUUCAAGAUACGGUCUUGAUUUAGUAAAACAGCUGAAGUUAAAGCAACGGUUGGGAAAUUCACGUAUAUUAAGCGCAUUGGAGAAGAAUCCAGCAUUUAAUUUAUCUUUCGGACUAUUCUUCGCAAUGUCUGCUUUUAUGCAAUUCUAG